CGCGGCGUAUGUGUCCUCUACCGGCGAGCGUCGUGGCCCGCCGCGCCGUUCCGCGCGCGUAUUCGCGUCCGGAUACUAUUUACACCGCCCGUGCACCGCCGUCGUCGUCGUUGUUUACACCGGCACGCCGCCGGUUUUUUUUUUUUUUUUUUUUUUUUUUGUUUUUUUUUAUGAUAUUUACGUAUUCCGACCGCGUAUUUAGAAACUAAAUUUGUACCGUAUAUAACUACUCGCGUACGAAAACAAUAUGUAUCUUAUGAGUGUGUGUACGUAUAUUAUUUAUUGACUACGGCGAACACUCGCGAAAACAAAUUUGAAAAAAAAAAAAAAAAAAACCCGGACGGUGAAAGCGUUUUGUCGUUUAUCGCCGAGAGGUUUCGAUUGACGGCCGGAGCUCCGUAGUCGGAUAUCUUCAACGUGCGCUAUAAUAAUAAUAACUUGUACCUAUUCAUGUAUACGUACGCACGCAUGUACGUGUACGUAGGUGUAUAUUUUAUAUUAUAACUUACUAUACUUAUAUAUAUAUAUAUAGAUAUAUAUGUAUAUAUGUAUAAUAUGUAUCAUAUACUACUAUACAACUAAUAAGACGAGCGAGUCGAAACAAUGAAUGAGCGCGUAUAUUAUGCUCUCCGUAUAGAGAGGUACGAGAGUGUUGUUAUUAUUAUUCUUAUGAUUCUUAUGAUUUGUAUGAUUAUUAUUAUUAUUAUUGUUAUGCGCACCGGACGACAAGCGGUGACGACGACGGCAGCGGAUUGGAAGAUCAUGCGCGCGCGUGUGUCGGGAGGUCUGGACGACCGAAGCACUGCUACUGCGAUCGUCGGUCGACGGCGCGCAGUGCGUGUGUCGGUUUGCCGGCGAAGCCGAGCCGCCGCCGCCGCCGCCGCCGCUGCCGCCGCCACGCGACCCACAGACGACCUUCGUGCUUGGCCGGCUUCGAUCCAGAUGGUGUUAGUGUGCUGUUCGGCGACGACGACGACGACGACGACGACGACGGCGGUGGCGUUGCCACGUGACGAGAUACGAAAUAUCCUUGGCCGCCGACGCCGCCCAAGUUGCCUCCACCACGGCCGCCGCUUUUUCUACAUCCUGUCCGCCGCGCGGAUUACACGAGCGCGCGCGCGCGCAAUCGUUUUUUCCACUCCUGCACCGGCAUCGCCGUUUAAACGCUCCCCCUGUCCACUGAAACCGACGACGAAACGGCCGACGGUAUACCGACUCCACUCUCACCGCCGCCGCCCGAAAGUGUUUUCUUCUCUCGACUUUGGUCAUUCUUCCUGCACCGGUCCGCAACCCCCCUCCCCUCCCCUCAAGAAGUCACGCCGCGUAAUUUCCCGAGAUUAUGUAACGGCCAAAUGUUUUCCCUUCUCUGACUCGAGUCGUCGUGAAGUUCAACACUCCGUCAAAGCACGAUGGGCCGCGAAUGCAGCUGUGCGCAUUCGGGGUACGCCGGCCUGCCAAACUUCGAAGAUUUCACUUUGUGAAAUAAAUUCAUAG